AAACAUUACAGUGCUUUCUUAACCUUCUAUUUACCCCAAGUUGGUUCAAUAUAUGGUUACCCAUUCACAAAGCUGACCAUGAAACAAAUCUCAGACAUAAUCUCUGCCGAUUGAAUGAAGUCUUCAAUCAUAUCGUCUGUCUAACAAUGGAUCCGCCAGAUGUUGGCAGCAGUGGCGGUUCCGCGAGGAACUUUGCCAGUCUCCGCCAACAACAGGAAGAAUUCCGACGACGAUUAAUGCGCCCCGAUCGUGUUGCUCGCAUGUCGCAGGGCCGGGGCGGGGAUCCGGUGCGAACCGGGGUACCUGAAGCUGCCGAGCAUCUUACUGAAACCUUCAAUGACGGUACACGACCGGAUCCGCAAUGGGCAUUUCAGACACCCCAAGACACACAUUCUAUCGUUGAAGGGGAUGCUGAAGCUAUGGAUGGUGAUAUUGAUGUUGAUGUCGAUGACGUUGUUGAGGGCGACGAGAAUCAGGGUAUCGAAGAUGAAGUUGAACACGAGGAGCAAGGCGAAGAGGAUGAGGAAGACAAUGAAGACGAGCAGGCUUUUGAUCCCGCCGCAGUUGGUUUGAAGGAAAUCAGCAAUCUCGCGAGUUUCACAGUCAGCAGCUACAAGCCCGGAUGUGGCGUUAAGGAACUUCGAGAUGAUGAUGUCAAUCAAUUCUGGCAGUCCGAUGGCCCACAACCUCAUCGAUUGAACAUUCACUUCAUCAAGCGCGUGGAGAUUCGCGUCUUACGACUCUAUCUUGACUACGAUCUCGAUGAGAGUUACACACCCACCAAGAUUCAGAUCACAGCCGGUUUCAGCCCCAACUUCACCAUUCCAUUCACCACUAUGGAGCUUAACGUGCCCAAGGGUUGGAUUGAUGUGCCUAUCGCUGGAGCAGGUGGCGGCCACGACGGGGACUCACUCAGCUGCUACUUCGUUCGAAUCAUCGUUCUAGAGAACCACCAGAAUGGCAAGGACACGCACAUUCGCGGGAUCAAGGUGUACGCCUUAGAUGACACCGCAGAUACCGCCGAGAACAACCCUCUUGAAGAGGUAAUUGAGAUGCUAGACGAUCACGAGUACCGAUUGGCAGCAUUGAGAAUCCACGAUAACGACGAGGAGGGCCUUGAGAGACUCACAGAGAAGAGAAAGGAGAAAAAGGCGAAAGCUAAGAAGUUUAUCCCUAGUGAUGGUGGACUUACUAUCCCUGACUUCAUGAGAGAGCCCGAAAUUCGUUAAAGGUGAUCAUCUAGGCAUUUGGAGGAUUCGCGGUGUGUUUAUGGCAAGUUCGCAUAUCUAGGCGCUAAGGGCGUUGUGAAAUACUGGGUUUUCUCCUUAAUUACGAUACCCUAUGACUGCUAUUUUUGCUUGUUGUAUUGGAAGGAGGGUACCUGUGCCUAGGGGCCUGCAGGGCAAAAUGGCGUGUACUUAGGUCGCUUAACUAUCGGGCGAUCUUACGAAGAGGAGAGAACAUGAGGAUCCGGUAAUGAAAAGGUGGUAGCUGAAUGAUGCAAUGAUUCUUUUCUUUAUAGUAUUACUAAUCUGUUUAUAUUGCCCUUUAAUUCUACGAAUCCGUGUAAGUGGAAGAGAAUAGAAGAAGCACGUCCAUAUAAGUUAUCUAGGUAUGCCCAAUUAAUUAUGAAUCUUUUGGGGCGGUUUAAUGAUAGAGUCCAGCGUUAUGAACAGGGCUACAGCGAACCGACAGCGCGGGUAUCUCCACUUUACUACGGGUUUAGCCGUCCGCUAAAAUCCUGCGAUCUAGGGCUUG